AUGACCUCUCCAACACCAGAACUACGAGACCAACCCAAAACCUGGACGAAGGGAGAAUACCUAGUCUCAACCAACACAUCCCUAAUCCCCAUCGAAACCCUAAACACCUGGUACGCCGGCGAAGAAUUCUACUGGGCAAAGCCAAUGCCAGAGCCCGCUUUGCGCGAAACAUUGCGGAACUCCCUGUGUUUCGGACUGUACCGCAAUCCAAGCCAAAUCCAAAGCCAGUCAGACAAGGCACCACAGAACGAGGCAUCGUCAGACUCCACACUUGAAUUCGUCGGCUUCGCACGCUGCAUAACAGACUAUACGACGUUCCUCUUCUUAACAGACGUCUUUGUCCUUUCCUCGCUCCAGGGUCUCGGUCUGGGAACGUGGCUUGUAACCUGCGUGCAGGAGGUUAUUGAGUCGAUGCCUUAUUUGCGGAGAUCGCUGCUGCUCACUGGGGAUUGGAAGCGAUCCGUGCCGUUUUAUGAGAAGGUUAUGGAUAUGGAGCUUAUGGUAUGUAACCCUCCGGUUGAUGGGGAGGACGCGGUGGGCUUUGCUGUUAUGCAGCGGAAAUCUUGGGGGGCUCCUGGGUUCGGGGAAAAGCCCUAG